UACCAAUCUCUUUAGCUCGGUGAGAGGAAUUGUUUAAUACUAAAUUUGAUAAGAUAUGGAAAUUAUGAAGCAAGUUGUGGCUUUGCGGCGUUAUGUCCGUGCGCCCUUUUGGGAUUGUUAAUUAAUGAUUUUUAAUGCACAAAUUUUUCCAGUUGCCAGAUUUCGUAAAGGCGCAGUUUGAGGACCAUCAUUUUAAGCAACAAAAGCCGUCAACGAGUCAACAAGGAACUUUAAAUCAGAAAAAGUCUGUUGUUAAAUCUAAGAAGAAGAAAUCUCCAAAGAAGAUUCCUCCAAAGAAAAUUAUUCAAAAAAUUACUACAAGGAAGAUUCCGUUGCCGAUGACUAUGAGAAUCUGCAAAAGAAGUAAUAUUAAAGAAGAGCCGGUUUCUGAUGUGCUUCAAGUCUGAUUGGAUCUCUAAAAAUUUGGAAAUUCUCAAAUAUUUUUCAAAAAGGAUGAUUGUUAACAAAAAAUAAUAUGCGUUUUGGCCUAAAUU